AAAGGGAUUGUUCCAUGUGCUUGCAUGAUGAACGAGGGGCCAACACCGAGCAUAUUAGCUAAUGACGCGCCAUGGAUACUAACUGUUGGUGCGAGUACUGUCGAUAGAAGAAUAAUGGCUUCAGUGUAUCUCGGAAAUGGCUCGGAGUUAGCGGGUGAGUCGGCAUACCAACCUGGGACAUUUCCUUCAACUCAAAUACCACUCGCAUACCCAUCUGAGCAGCUUGGAACACUUGAUUCCAAAGGUUGUAAUUUGGCUGAGCUAAAAAAGUUAAAUCUACGGGAUAAAAUUGUUAUAUGCUUUCGCUUUGACAUAGAGGAUGAUGAGCGUGGCCGCAAUGUGUUGACUUCCAGUGGCAAAGCCAUGAUUUUGUUGAAUCAUGCGAAUGCAGGUGAGACCACAAACGCUUACGCGCAUGAACUCCCUGCCUCAAACCUCAACAACACCGGUAGUAUAGCCAUAGACGAGUACUAUCGCAACACAACCAACCCGACUGCAGCGAUAAACUUUCAUGGGACCUUAUUUGGAAUAAACUCUGCCCCGGCUGUCGCAGCCUUCUCAUCACGUGGACCGAGCUUGAGCAAUGGAGGCAUCAUAAAACCUGAUGUCAUUGCACCAGGAGUCAAUAUUCUAGCUGCGUGGCCACAAACUGUGGGCCCCACCAAAUCUAUAUUUAACUUUUUAAGCGGCACGUCCAUGGCUACUCCGCAUGUGUCCGGGAUCGUGGCCCUGUUAAGAAAUAAGUACCCGAAGUGGUCACCGGCGGCACUCAAAUCAGCGAUUAUGACAACUGCAUAUACAUUAGACCUCAAAGGGAAUACAAUCACCGACGAAUACAAAGGUAAUUCAGCUACGGUGUUUGAGCAAGGAGCAGGCCAUAUAGAUCCGGAAGCAGCCACGAAUCCUGGGAUUAUAUAUGAGCUAAACGACUAUGACUAUGUCCAUUACUUAUGUGGAUACUAUAAAUCGAAUAUUCCAGUACAAAUGAUCAUAAAGACUAGGGUGAAUUGUGCGCAGGUAAAAUCAAUAGCGCCAGAGCAACUUAAUUAUCCAUCUUUUAGUGUGAGUAUCGGAGGCAACAAACCAGAGGUGCGGGUGAUGAGGAAAGUAAUAAAUGUCGGGGAUGCAGGGUCAACUUAUACUGUGGAUGUGAAAGACCCAGAAGGGGUAAGGGUUGAGGUAACUCCAAACACGUUACAAUUUAACCAGGUAGGGGAAGAGAUGAGCUAUGAGGUGAAAUUUAGUUUGAAGGGGGGCUUGCCUAAGCCAGCUGCUGGUGAGGUGAGAGAAGGGCGAUUGAAUUGGGAUUCUGGGAAGUAUUAUGCUAGUAGCCCAAUAGUGGUCACAUUUGUUUGAGAUGCAACUUAUGCAUUGUUGUUAUAAGAAUAUAUAUUUAUGUAAUCAAUGAUCGGAUAAUAUCAUUGUUUAACAUUUGAAAAUAAA